AUGUCUGGGGCAGUUACAAAAUCUUCCCAUGACUUCGACCCUUUAGACGAGGUUCUCAGGCCACCAAUAAACGAAACUGAGCAAGAUCGUGUUAUCAGGCAAGCUCAGGAAGCAGAGGCACGCAGAGUCAGCCAAGCAAUAGAUGAUUCAAUACGAGCGGAGAAGCAGGCCCAGAAGAAGAAGGGUAUUGUCAGAUUGUUGUUGUUGGGUCAAAGUGAAUCAGGUAAAUCAACCACACUAAGACGUACACUUCCAAAAACUGUACACUCCCACCUGCCUUCCAUGAAGAAGCGGAUACUCUGGCGCAGCGUCAUACAGCUCAACAUUGUGCGGUCUGUCCGUACAAUCCUCGAUGCUUUAUCCGACGUUCGACUUCCUACUCUUGAUAGUGGAGGUGAAGACAGCGAUGACGGUGCAGCCAACAUACCCCAGGAGCUCGAAAUGUUGCAGAUGCGCCUUACUCCCCUACGCCAUAUUGAGGCAUUACUCAUUGCAAAACUAAUACCUCCGAGCGAAGAUGAAGCAGCUUCUGUCAUUGGAAGCAGCGCUAUUAGCGCAUACCACUCUCAUCGCAGCCGAAGUAGCGAGCGCUCAUGGAGAGCCCAAGAAGUUUUCGUACGCCCUGGAGCCACAUGGAAGGGAGCGCUCGCCAAGAGUACUCGUACUCGUCCAGUUUCACUAGGCAAUACGGGAAUGCAAACUCGGGAUGAAGCACAAGAAGUCAUCAAUUCGUGCAGUUAUGACAUCAUGGCUCUCUGGAAUGACAGGCUUGUUCGGGAGGUUUUGCGGCGGAGAAAAAUUCGCCUUGAAGAAUCCUCCGGCUUCUUCCUCAACGACUUGGAUCGAGUCACGGCCCUAAAUUACACCCCAAACGAUGACGAUGUACUUCGAGCGCGGCUGAAGACGGUUGGCGUCUCGGAAUAUCGGUGUGAAAUGGAGGCCGUGGCUGGACGUGAAAGUGGUACUGAAUGGAGGAUAGUUGAUGUUGGAGGUUCCCGGUCGCAGGUACAUAUUAUUUGCUUCUCUCAUCUCACGCUCACCCUUUUCCAACACGUGUUAUCUUUGCAGAGAGCAACAUGGGUACCCUUCUUUGAUGAUGUCGAUGCAAUCAUCUUCCUCGCGCCAAUAUCCAGCUUUGAUCAAGUUCUCUCUGAGGACCGCAGCGUGAACCGUCUUGAGGACAGCGUGCUAUUAUGGAAAGCUGUGUGCUCAAACAAACUGCUUGCAAACGUUGAUCUUGUUCUGUUCCUGAACAAGUGUGACAUACUCGAUGCGAAACUCACGUCAGGGAUACGGUUGUCGAAAUAUGUCCGCAGCUACGGAGACCGUCCUAACGAUAUGGAGACGGCCUCAAAAUACUUCCGAAGCAAGUUUAGCGCGAUACACCGAGAAUACUCACCGCUCCCACGGAAAUUCUAUGGUUUUUGCACGACUGUUACAGACACGACUACGACUGCUGGUAUUCUCGCCAGUGUGCGAGACAUGGUUGUACGCAGGCACCUCAAGCAAUCCAGGCUGCUAUAG